AUGCAACCGCGCAGACGCCCGACAGAGCGCGACCACGGGAGGCGGGGGACAGCCCUGAUUGGCUACUGGAGCGAGCCCCGCUUGCCGGUCGCAGAGCCCGCAGGGCGCAGGCGCGAGGUCACGUGCCCGCUCUCCCACUCCGUCCAACAUGGCGGCGCCCAGGGCUUCCACCCGUCUCCUGCAGGUAACCCGUGUCGUGCCGCUGGACAGGGAGCGAAGAGGCGUGUCCCCUGGGGAGCGGCCUUCCUCUCCCCUCAGGCUCUUCGCUCGGGGGUCCGGCUGGCCGGCCGUGGGGGUCCCUUCCCGCCCGAGCCGCCGUGUGCUUCCGUGCCUUCAGCGUCUCCUUUGCCUGCCGGCCUCCCGGCUAAGCCCAGGAUCGUUUGCCAGGGCUGCCCCGAUUGGGCCGCAGGUGGCAGUGGGAGGUACUUCACUGGUUGCCUAGGUUCAGUUCAAGGGGCUAGUUAUUACUUCCAGUCCUUCGUGGCCUCAGACGCCACAUCUUUCUCUGGCUAUACGUGGCUGGAAAAGCUUUGUGCCUCUGAGCAAAGCCUUCUGAAGAAUAACGGCCUGAAGAGGAUCUUCUCUGGGAUUCAGCCGACGGGGGUCCCUCACCUGGGGAAUUACCUCGGCGCUCUCACAAGUUGGGUGAAGCUACAGGAAGAAUGCAGUUCUGUGCUGUACAGCAUUGUAGAUCUCCACUCCCUCACGGUUCCGAGAGAUCCAGCCAUCCUUCGGGCCAGCAUCCUAGACAUCACAGCCGUUCUCCUGGCCUGUGGCAUAGAUCCAAAGAAGUGCGUCCUUUUUCAGCAGUCUCAGGUGCCUGAACACACGGAGCUCGGAUGGAUUCUGGGGUGCCUCACGAGCAUACCACGCCUGCAGCACUUUCCACAGUGGAAGGUAAAGAAUGCCAGCCAGAUGAACGAAGGAACGGCUGGUCUCUUCACUUACCCCAUCCUUCAAGCGGCGGAUAUUCUUCUGUACAAGUCAACGCAUGUCCCGGUUGGAGAAGAUCAAGUCCUCCACUUGGAGCUGACCCAGGAUCUCGCCCGUCGCUUCAACAGGAAAUACGGAGAAUUUUUCCCAGUCCCCAAAGCCAUUUUGACUGCGAUGAAAAAGGUAAGGUCCCUCCGCGACCCCUCCUCCAAGAUGUCAAAGUCCGACCCUCAGAAGUUAGCCACAGUGGGCAUAACCGACAGCCCCGAAGAGAUCCUGCUGAAAUUCCGCAAGGCCGUAACAGACUUCACGUCCGAGGUGACCUACGAGCCGGACCACCGCCCCGGCGUCUCCAAUCUCGUAACCAUCCACUCUGCCGUCACAGGGCUCGGCGUGGAGGAGGUGGUGCGUCAGAGCGUCGGCCUGGAGACUGCCCGUUACAAGGCCGUAGUGGCAGAGGCGGUCAUUGCAAAACUUGCGCCGAUCAGGGGCGAGUUUGAGAGACUAAGAGAAGACGGGGCUUACCUGGAGCAGGUUUUACGGACCGGAGCAGAAAAGGCCAAAAGUCUCGCGGCUCCAGUAUAUCGGGAAGUCAAAAAGCUAGUGGGGUUUCAUUAAUCCCAAG